AUGGGACUGUGUGGUUGCACAUGGCGUUUAGUGCAUCAUCGAGUUCGAAUCAAAGCUAUAGGGCAUCCUUUUCUAUCUAGAUUUUAUUCCCAAGAGAGUUCCUUCUCUAACAGAAAACAGCUAAUCCAACUUGGCAGGAUGAUUAUUGAUGCUCAACCAGAUAUAAAAGAAAUAAAAUCAAGAUGCCAGAAAAUAAUCUCCUUAAAAAGGACUAAAUCAUGUCUAUCACCUAAGCUUCUAGACAUUCAAAAAAUAGAUACUUUCAAAGCAUUUGAAAUCUUAAUCACAAGCUGCAUAGUCUUCAACAAACCCAGAAUUGCUUUCGAUAUAUAUAUAGCAGCUCUUAGAGCUGUAAAGAAGCUGUUCCAUAAUAACAGUCCACUGGUGGACCAAUUGCUUGUGAAAGAUAUCUGGCUGCAUAUGCUGGUCAACUCUUUACUGGUAAACAAUCCAAAAUUUGACGUGGAUAACCUGUCAAAAGUUGUGAAGUUAGCUUCCUUGCAUAAUUCGAUAGUUGAAGAAGUCUCUCUUAGAAUCAAUGGGCUUCCGUGGAUGAAAGAGUUGGACAACCCUCUUGUUGUCAGCUUGAAGCGAUUUUAUUUUUCUGACACGCAGCUGAAUAGAAUACUAGAGAAGCUAACGCACAUGUGCGAUACUCCGAAGACUGUUCGUGUAAAAUCCGAAGUGUUCAGCUUUCUUGUGAAGUCAAUGGCGCAACAUCACAGAAUAUCAACCAUGCAGGAAAGCUUCUUGUUCAAGUAUUCGUUGCGGUACAUUUCAUCGAAUUUGAAAAAUAACAACCUGUCCUCCGUAUUUUUAGGCUGGAGCACAAUAAAAACUUACUAUACCAAAUCAUUGCAUGAAAUACAACAAAACACUUCAUCAACUACGUUCUCAGGAGAAUUCUUCGAGGUACUAGCAAAAUCUAUUCGUUCUUUCUCAAAGUCCAAAAAGUACAAAUAUCUAGUUGAAGAGCUAAUUGAGGACCUUCCAGUAUCAGCGUGUUUGCGAAAUCCGAAUCUUUUAGAAUCAUUGAUGUUUCAUUCAACAAGACAUAACAAUCAUCAAUUAGCCCAGGUCCUACUUAAUGAGCUAGAGCAGUUUCAAUCCUUGGAAGGAUUCACAAGAGGACAACUAUCAUCCAUCUUAUCCCUGUAUUUGUUACUGAAUGAUAAUGAGGGGGUUCAAAAAGUUGUCUCCAUACUAUUUUCUCAUUUUGGAGGCCUCAAUCACAGUGAGUUCAAUCAGAUUACCUGGACCUUACUUCGAACAAACAAUGAUUUAGAUAACAUAUGGUCAAUGGCCACUUCUGUUUGUCCGUUAGUUGCAAAAAGUACCUUUCUAACAAUCAUUAAUCGCAUGAUAGACUCGCAUAGCAUAAACUUUGACCGGAUUGACCAGAUUUACAACCUGAUGCAGCCAAUCCUACCAAGGGACGAUGAAUUUUGGGUUCAUUACACAACUUCAUACAUCAAGUAUGUUCUCAAGAAGUUCCCCUUGAAAUGCACGCAUUUAUUACUGUCUAGGAACCUGACACAACUGAAUGGGAAUACUCUACACUAUUACAAGCCUUGGCAAAAUCCAUACAUGUUACCAAUACAUGAGGUCAGGCUAUACAUUCCCAGUUCUAUAGACGGUUUUGUUGUAGAAUCUGUGCUUCAUAAUAUCAUGUCUAAGUUUAAAUCCGAUCAAAAUACGAAACAGAUUGACAAUAUUGAAUACCUCAAAGGCAUACAACGAUGGUGUCAGGAUUACCUGCGUGUUAUUGGCCGAACCACCAAUGAAAUCAGAAUAGACAUAGCAAAGAGUAUCCACAGAAAAAACAGAAGGGAAAGUUUGCUAAACAUAAAUCUGCUGAACAAAAUGUGA